GAUUUCAUUGUUCUGCAUUCUAAUGCCAAUCUUUUCCUCCAUUUAUGUGAUAUUUUUGUUUAUUUGGUAGUCUGUGUAUCAUGAAUGUAAUCAUUGUUUAUUAUAAGACGACUAGUAAUUUGAUUUCUUCCACAAGUAUAUUUGGUGUGGUCUUAUUAGAUGUGGGAUUGGAUAAUGAAACAUGAGCCGGUGGUUUCAAGAAAGAAAGUUGCUCGCGUCCUAUUUUCCGUCAACCUCUUCGCCGCGGCUACCUGUCCCCUCUUUUAGGCUGUCGUUCAUAGAGCUAAGAACUCAAAAUAUUCAGCUGAUGAGGAUAUGGAGGAGACAGAUGUUAAAGAUCCAAAUUUAAAGCAAUCUCUGGAGUCUGCUACUUCUCAGAUUAGCCAGCUAGCUCUUUCUAAUAGUCCUACUGGUGUUGCCAAUCUUGCAGCUGUUUUUCUGUUCCCGCUUUUCAUAAAUUAUUUUCAGAUGGGUGUCACUGGAGCAGCCACUGCCACCGUUGUGUCUCAAUACAUAGGUAGCUUCUUGAUGAUUUGGUUUCUUAGCAAGAGAGUAAUAUUAUUACCUCCAAAAUUUGGAGAUCUGAAGUUUGGGGUCUAUUUAAAAUCUGGUGGAUUUCUGAUUGGAAGAACUGUGGCUGUUUUGAUAACUAUGACGAUUGGGACCUCGAUGGCUGCUCGUCAAGGUCCUCUAGCUAUGGCUGCUCAUCAAAUCUGUAUGCAAGUGUGGUUGGCUGUCUCUCUUUUAACUGAUGGAUUGGCCGCAUCUGGUCAGGUCUACACUCCGAGGAAUGCGCCUAUACUAGUGAGGAAAUUGAUGUGGUUAGUGAGCAACGGGCUAAGUGUUUUACCCGCAAGUAUUUACUAUUGGCUUGAGCGCGCUUGA